AUGGCGCCCGCUCCGUCCAAGAUGGUGUCGCCGCCCCUGCGCGAGCGGACCAUCCGCGGCGUCGUCGCCGAGAUCACGCGCCUCUACCUCUCCAACCGCACCCGCAUCUCCCGCGCCGUCUGGCUGACCCUCUUCGUCGCCCUUGUCAAUCGCGUCCGCCACGCAGUCCAAGAGCAGAAAGCCGCCUCGGCACGCGAGGCCGAGCGUCGCGCUCAGCGCUCCGGCACCACCUCGACCACUGGCGCCGACCAGGAGGAUGAGGCGGCCGGCGACGCAGCCAAGGGCGGCGGCAAGAGGAGGAAGAAGGUCGAGCUGAACAGGGAGUUCUUCCGCUCCCUGCUGCGCCUCCUGCGCAUUGUGGUACCCGGCUGGAGGAGCCAUGAGACACGCCUGCUGAUCAGCCACAGCUUCUUCCUGGUGAUCAGGACAUUGAUCAGUCUCAAGGUGGCCGAGAUGGACGGUGCCAUUGUCAAGAGUUUGGUAAAGGGCAACGGCAAGGAGUUCCUCAUGCGGAUUAUUUGGUGGAUGCUGAUAGCCAUCCCGGCUACCUUUACCAACUCCAUGGCCGAACUGUCACUCAAGUACCGUACCCGGUUGACACAGUACAUCCACGACAAGUAUCUCUCACAGUUGACCUUCUAUGGCAUUUCGGCGCUGGACGACAGGAUAAAGAAUCCGGAUCAGCUCAUCGCUGUCGAUGUGGCCAAGUUCUCAAAUAGUCUAGCAGAACUUUACAGCAAUUUGGCCAAGCCAAUCUUGGAUAUGACGAUCUACACUUGGUCUUUAUCCAAGAGCGUCGGCGGCGAGGGUGUCGUGUUCAUGUCAUUGCUAGUCCAACUAUCGGCGAACGUCAUGAGGGCCCUCACGCCACCUUUCGGCAAAUACGUGGCCGAUGAAGCACGGUUGGAGGGUGAAUUCCGCUUCCAGCACUCGCGCUUGAUCGACCACAGCGAGGAGGUCGCGCUAUACGCCGGCCACGAGGCGGAGAAGGACACCUUGGAUAAGGGCUACUUCACACUGAUCAAGCACGUCAACUACAUACUACGUCGUCGUUUCUAUCACGGCUUCAUGGAGGACUUUGUCAUCAAGUAUUUCUGGGGCGCCCUCGGUCUCCUGCUCUGCAGUGUGCCCGUCUUUGUCAAGCUCCCGGGCCAGGUCUCGAUGAACAUGGGUGAUAGGACCGAGAGCUUCGUCACCAAUAGGCGAAUGCUUCUGUCCGCAUCCGAUGCCUUUGGCCGCAUCAUGUUCUCCUACCGCGAGAUCAUGGAGCUUGCAGGCUACACAUCACGCGUCGCAUCCCUGCUCAACGUCAUGGAUGAUAUCCAGGCCGGCCACUUUGAGAAGAAGCUUGUCUCGAGCUCCGGUACCGAAGACAAUGAGGCCGUUCUCAAGGGCCGUGGCAAAGUUGUCGAGAGCAGAGACAUCAAAUUCAUCGACGUCCCCAUCAUUUCACCCAACGGCGAUGUCCUUGUCAAGGCUCUCUCUUUCUCGCUCAAGCAGGGUGACCACCUUCUGGUGGUCGGGCCGAACGGGUGCGGGAAGUCUUCCUUGUUCCGUAUUCUCGGUGGCCUCUGGCCCGUAUACGGUGGGACCGUCUAUAAGCCGCCCUUCACCGACAUCUUCUACAUCCCUCAGAGACCCUACCUGUCGCGCGGGUCUCUCCGCCAGCAGAUCACUUAUCCCGACGGCCUCCGUACCGUACGAGCCAAGGGCGUCACGGACGCCGAGCUACUUGAUAUGCUCAAGAUCCUGAACCUCGAGCACCUCGUCGACAUGUACCCCGAGGGGUGGGACGCCGAAGCCGAGUGGCGCGACGUACUGAGCGGCGGCGUACAGCAGCGCGUCGCCAUGGCGCGGCUGUUCUACCACAAGCCGCGGUAUGCUAUCCUCGACGAGUGCACGUCGAGCGUCACCCUCGAGAUGGAGAAGGUCAUGUACGACAACGCCAAGAGCCUGGGCGUGACUCUGAUGACGGUCAGCCACCGGCGCAGUCUGUGGAAGUACCACAGCCAUAUCUUGCAGUUCGACGGGCAGGGCAAUUACGUCUUCACGAAGCUCGACGCAGACAGGCGCCUCAGGCUCGAGGACGAGAAGGAGGAUCUCGAGGUGCGGCUGAGGCAGGUGCCUGAGCUCGAGAGGAGAAUGGAGGAGCUGACGGCUUCUUAG